AUGUCUCAGCAAGCAUACCGUCAUCAAGCUCUCUGGGACUCAAUGCAGAGUCGGCUUGCUGAAGCCAUCCUGCACUUCAGCCCAUUGAUGUACCACGACGAUCUGAUCAAGGCAUUCGAAAGUGAACUCGACGUUCUUAAGGCUAUCAUUGGACGGACCCGGCUUUUGACUGGGGAAAUGCCGCCUGAAUCGAAGUUCAUGAAGGCCAUCGUCCGUGUGUUCUCAAUGGGUGCUCAUGGUGAUUGGACCUUGCUUCGUCCGGCAGCUCUCGAGUAUGGUGUGAUUCAUGGCGGAGUCGCCACGCGGGAUACGACUGGUCUUCCUCAGUGGUGGCUUCGAUACCCGGCCGACUGCCUCGGCUCGCAUGACGAGGAAGGAGAGCCUUACAUCCCGGACAGCAUCAAUGAGCAUUUUAGUAUUCAAGGGUGGGAUCUGGCGGAACAUAUCAUCUUUCGUGGUGGUGGCGACAUCGGCAUGCAGGUGAAGUCCAAGCCUGAGGGUGAGCUUGCUGAGUUUCAUGUCGCCCUAUGGCGACUCCAAACGGCCAUGCAGCCUAUGCAAGCUGCAGCUGCACAAGACUGGACCGAUCUCGCAGAGCUCUUCAGCAUGGAGGCUGCCGCGCAUCUCUCAAAGGCAGUGGAACUUCAUCCGCUUCACCUUCAGGAGCGGUUCGCCAUGUUUCAAGCAAAGGGGAACCCGACGGAGUCAGGAGCAGGCGCCGCCUCCGCGGCUGGCGGGGCCCGCGCAGAGACUGCUGGUACCUCCGCGUCAGGCGGACGCCCCGCGGAGAAAGCAAACGCUUCCGCGCGUGGGGGGGUCCGCGCGGAGCCUCCGGCAGCUGGCAAGUCUCGCGGAGAUGCUUCGGCCGGUUCCUCCGCGGAGAAUCCGGUCAAGAUCGAUCUUGACAGCUCCAAUUCCGGGGACUCCGACGGUGACGUACGCAGCGUAACCCCGCCGGGGGCCCGCCGGACGCCCGCAGCAUCUCCUCGCAGUGUCUCCUCUGUCGAUUUUGGUCCUUACAAAUUCUGA